AAAAAGAUGCAUAAAUAAUAGAACUUUGAAUAGGACUUUCCCUGCGCAUAGGGGCCACCUUGUGGCAAAACACGGUCCACUCCACUUCCAGAUUAACAGUCACGGCAGGGCUCAAAUAAACAUGCUACAUUUGAGGCAAAGAAAAAAAAGCAAACAUCACAGUGGAUUAUGACCAUUUCGGAAGUGUUUUUCUGUGUUAAUAAAUAGGGACGUCUCUGCGCAGCCUAUCCGAUUCCGGGAUGCAAUACGCAUCCAGAUGAAACGAACGCCAGCCUUUUCGCUAAUCCUUGUCUAUCCUUUUUUAUCUCGGGACUCAUAGUAGUCUGAUCACUAUGGGGCAGCGAAGCGGUGGGACAGCGCCGUACGGAUGACAUUCCUGUAAAUGAAAGAGAAAAAAAUAGUCUGAUUGACUUCAGUGGGCGCAAAGUGGGCGCAUGUAGGCAAAUUGCGUAUGCAUAAAAGUUGGCCAAAAUGUUCCUCGUCCUGCUGCUGGGGCUCUACGUGGCCACGGGUCAACUUUUUCCCCCAGUGAGCGCCUGCCCUUCGCAGUGCAGCUGCUUUUACCACAACCUGAGUGAUGGAUCAAAGGCGAGGAGCGUGAUUUGCAAUGAUCCCGAUAUAUCUCUCGUGCCUGUCGGGUUUCCUGUUGACACCUCCAAGCUGCGGAUUGAGAAGACAUCCAUCCAGCGGAUACCCAGCGAAGCCUUCAACUACCUCUCCAAUUUGGAAUUCUUGUGGAUGUCUUUUAACACGCUGUCCGCCUUGAACCCGGACAGUUUCCGGGGGCUUUAUAACCUGGAAGAGCUUCGGCUGGACGGGAAUGCCCUUACCGCCUUUCCUUGGGAAUCUCUCAUGGAUAUGCCCAGCCUCAGACUUCUCGAUUUGCACAACAACCAGCUCACCUCCCUGCCCGCAGAGGCCACCACUUACAUCAAGAACCUCACCUACUUGGAUCUGUCCAGCAACAGCCUGGUGACCCUACCUGCAGAAGUGCUGUCCAAUUGGCUGGCUGCAAAGCCUGCACAAGGGCCAGACAGCUCCAAGAUGAUACUCGGUCUCCAUGACAACCCCUGGGUGUGUGACUGCCGGCUCUAUGACCUGGUGCAGUUCCAGAAGUCUCCGACUCUUUCGGUGGCUUUCAUCGACACGAGACUACGAUGUUCAGCUCCGGAGAGUGUGUCGGGGGUCCUGUUCAGCGACGCAGAGCUUCGCCGCUGUCAGCUUCCACGUAUCCACACAGCUGUGGCACGAGUAAGGAGCGCUGUUGGAAACAAUGUGCUGCUCCGGUGUGGGACCAUUGGCGUCCCCAUCCCAGACUUGACGUGGCGCAGGGCAGACGGACGAGCCCUCAAUGGAACAGUCCAGCAGGAAACCUCAAAGGAAGGAAUCACCUGGUCAAUCCUCAGUGUACCAGCAGUGUCCUACCGUGAUUCAGGGAAAUUCAUCUGCAAGGCCACUAACUACGCAGGGAAUGCAGAAGCUGUCAUUUCCCUCGUUGUCUCCAACUCGCCAAAACCAGAGGGGAACCAAACCAACAAUGACAGGAAGCCCAAAAUCAAAAAACCAAACCAAAUGGGCAAAGCUGCCUACCAGGAGAAACUGGUGGCCAGAUAUGUGGCUCCAACCUCUGCCCCUUCAUCCUUGCCAGCCCUGGAUCCUGGCCUUCUGCCUGGUGUUGGGCCUGAUCCUGGACUAUCCAGUUACAGCCUGGCUGAAGGAGCCACCCCAGGGUCUGCCACCUCCCCCAACUCAGAUGCACUGCUGGAUCUGGAAAAGACAAAUCUAAGUAACUUGGCAGCUAACGCCUCAUCGUUACAGCAGGACCCGGACAGAGUGGUCCGCUCAGUAAAAGUUGUAGGGGACACAGACAAUACAAUUUCUCUAAACUGGAGAGCCCCGAAAGCCAAAAACACAACAGCAUUUAGUGUGCUCUAUGCUGUGUUUGGAGAGAGGGACAUGAGAAAGAUCAAUGUUGGAGCUGGGCAGAACCGUGUAACCAUCGAUGGUUUGGUGCCCAGGACCAAGUACAUUGCUUGUGUGUGUGUGAAGGGUCUGAUCCCCAAGAAGGAGCAGUGUGUCAUAUUUUCCACUGAUGAAGCAGCUAGUGCUACUGGUACCCAGAAGCUGAUUAAUGUUAUUGUGAUCACAGUGGCCUGUAUCAUUGCAGUCCCGCUCACUGUUAUUGUAUGCUGCGGGGCGCUGAAGAGACGCAUUCAGAAGUACUGGGGAAAGAAAUCAAAAGACAUCCAAGAUUCAUAUGUUACAUUUGAAACACUCUCACCCGGCACAAAGGCCAAAGGGCUCGAGGGUGAGUAUUUGAACAGACUGAAUCCCGAGGAGUCCAACCGGCUGCUGUCAGCCCGCUCCAGCCUGGACUCAGAGGCCACAGCUAAGAUAGAGGGACAGCCUAAUGAGUACUUCUGCUGACGUCAUGCUCCAGCUCCGGCUCCUGCUCCACGUCAUCUUCCCCGCACUCACCCACACUCACGUCACAGUCCAAACCCCAAAACUCGUUCACAUGCCCACCAGCACCCUCAUCCCCAUCUCCACCCACAUCCGUAUCCCCAGCAUUACCCAUAUUCUCCCCCUCAGCAGCAUCCUGACGUCAGUCCCCCUCCAACGCGCUCCCAUACACCCACGCCAUGGGAUUCCCCCCUCCCGUCCCUCCUCGCUGGAUAAUGCCACCAACUCCACCGCCACAGAGAGCCAACUUCUAUCAACGGACUUUUGCACGCUGCACAAUAAUGGAAAUAUCAGUUUAAAGAAUUUGGGCAACUGGGUAGAUCUAGAAAAUUUCAUGUUUCUUGCAGAUGUAGUGAAACUCACUGGACUGUUACACACAUAUUCAUCCAUUAAUAUUAAACUCCAAGCGCUCAUGCUUUUAUGCCUAAAAGAAUGUUUUUUAUCACUAAGCCUGUAAGAAGAAAACAUGAUGCAUGAAGUGAAAGAGCAUAGCAGACACUGUAAAGUUUUAUUCCACCUCACGUGCACGGCCCAGCGAAGAAACCUCUCCAAUCCAAUCUGAUUAAAAGGGAACUCAAUGGUAGACAAUCCAUUGUUUAUAUCAUAUAUGUAUGUGUAUGAUUUGUAAAUACUUUAUCAGAUUAUGUACACUUACAUAUACAGUUAAUUCUGUGCCUCUGUAUAUAUCUGUCAUAUGUUCUGAGAGAAGAUAUACACAUAGGCAUGGUUCAUUUCUCUGGUGAAUGGAGAGAAGCUGGAGCUGGAGAGAAGUACUGAAGGACUGAACUAUGACACAAUGUAAAUAGGGUGGAGAUGGUGCAAAAAGGAAACGUUAAAUCAUUUAUAUUCCCCCAAUGAGACACAUACUUAAAAUCCCUCCACGUGACUAUUUUGUGCCACCUAGAGGCAUCAUUACCCCCUUAAAAGUAGAUCUGUUCGUUCCAAUGAUACUUACCUAUUUGAAUAUAGUUAAAUAAACUUUUAUACUGCA